CGUUCACCUGGAAGCCGCUCACCCCCCACCCCCACGGGCGAAACCAAACUCGGGGCCGAGGUGCAGCCCGCCGUCGCUAGCCGCGCGCAGUGUCUCUGGAUACAAAGCGACGCGCGCGCGCCACAGGUGUGCCGGAUGAAAGGACCCGGGGCCGGCCGCCCGCGCGAGGGGAAUGACGCGCUGCCGGUCCAAAGUGCAUUCAGGCGAGCGGCGGGCCGGGUGGAAAUAACGAACAAUAAGAGGCGGUUUUUUUAAUGAAUGAGGAAUGUGAUUUACACGUUUUACCGGCCCGUGCUCUCAUUAGUCUCGUCUAGUUUUUUUUCUCUCUUUUUUUUUUGUAUGUGUGUGCCUCUGUUGUGUCUGCUGGUUUCGGACCGGCCCACAUUUGAUAUCCUCGGACUCUCCGUGUAGGAACCCAUUCGGUCCCGCCGGUGCAGCUCGGAUAACACGUUACCGGGAUGGAAUGGCGCGAGCGGUCCGCGGUCAGCUGCGACGAAGCCUACGUGGAGGCGCAGAGGUGGAUCGAGGCAGUCACAGAGAAAAAAUUCGGGAGCGAGGACUUCCGAUCGGCGCUGGAGAACGGAGUUCUGCUGAGCGAACUGAUCAACCAGAUCUCGCCUGGUGUCAUCAGGAGGGUCAACCGGCUGCCCACACCCAUCGCCGGACUGGACAACCUCAACGUCUUCCUCAAAGCCUGCAGGAAGCUCGGACUAAAGGAGGCGCAGCUCUUCCACCCGGGGGACCUCCAGGACUUAUCCACCAGAGUCACAGUCAAGCAUCAAGAGACGAACAGGAGGCUGAAAAAUGUGCUGAUCACCAUUUACUGGCUUGGUAGAAGAGCUCAGUGUGACCGUCUCUACGAUGGACCCUACCUGGACCUGAAGGCCUUUGAGGGCUUGCUGGGCGCCGCGCUGUCCAAGGCUCUGCAGGAAACGUCCGGUCAGAAAGGCGGCAGAGACAGCGGUUUUGGAGACAGCUGGUGCUCAGAGCGAGAGGAGCUCUUCCAACUGAAAGAGGGAGGAGGACCCAGGAGAGACGACUCCCCAGACAGCUUGGACUCUUUGAGCUCCCGACCACACAGCAUCUCCUCUGACUCCACUCUUAAAGGCAGCCGCGAGGGUUGUUGCAGCGACCCGGAGGCCGACUCCGUCGUCAGGAUGGCCGAAAACAAGAGCGGUCUCAGCUACCGCCGGUCGGUGACCCUCACGCCCAAGGCCACGUCCCAGUUUAACCAGUUCCUGCCCACCAAAGACAAAUCCAUGGCCUACGUGCCCGCUCCGCUGAGGAAGAAACGGGCCGAGCGCAACGAGGACAGCCGGCGCAGCUGGGCCAACCCGGCGUACUCGGAGGACGACGCCACCCUCACCAGUGAAACGAGGCUCCGCGGCCCGGCGGCCCCGAGCGCCUCGCCCGCCGCCGCGCCUCACCUGCAGUGGGUCUACGAGUACGAGAGCGGCAGCGACUCGGACGCCGACCGGCCCGACCCGGACCUGGUCCUGGACGACCUCGCCGGCAGACGCUUCCACAGCCCCUCCCCGGCUCCCCCCGCCAACUUCGCCGUGCCCGCCGGUCCCCUGGCGGCGGCGGGCUGCCCCCGGCCCCCUCCGGUCACUAUGGCGCCCCGUGUUGCCCCCCGGCCGAAUGCGAGCGGCCUCAGCGGGGGAGUGCGCCCCCCCCAGCCGGGCUCCGUGGGGGCGGACCGCCGCCGGCCCGUGUCCGCCGACAGCCUGUUCAGGGAGAUUUACGACGACUCCGAGGACUCCGAGGACGACGUGGGCUACGCCGACCCCGUCCAGGACGACCUCUACUCGCGCAAGAUGGGCGUCCAACCGCAGCCGACGGCGGCCGCCGGGUCCUUUGACAAGUUCUUGCCAAAGUUCUGGACGCCCGAAGAAGACACACACGUACAGAAGAUCAAACUGGGCUCUCAGAAGAGACCCUGGUACAAGAAGAUGCAAGGCUUCAGCUAUAAGAAGUCGGGCUCUUCGUCGGACGAUUCCGACGGCGACGUCGGCCCUCGGCUCUCCUCCUCCUCCUCCUCCGCCCGCCCCCCCUCCGGCCCCCCUCCCCCUCACACCCGCACGCACCAGGCCUCGGCUCACGCCGGCCUCGCGGCGGGCAAAAGUCCUCGCAUCCCAGCACCGUACACUCUCCCACACCCCCCCCUGUUAGCGACCCCCCCUCUGACGUUUGCCCCGGUGGACCCGUCUUCGGGCCCCCGGCUGGUCAAAUGUGAGCGCUGGCCCCUCCUGGGGCGCCAGGACCCCCGCGAGCCCCCGGACCCCUUCGAUUACGAGAGCAUGGUCCCCGACCUGGAGAACGACGACAUGUUCGCCAGGCGAACCCUGACCUUCCGGGCCAACGCGGACCUGGCCGUGAUGAAGACCCGGCUGUCGGCCCACCGCCGGCCCUACUCGUCCGAGCCGCAGCUCAACAUCGUCACCCGGCGGCACGACGACGCCGCCGCCGGCCAGGAGGAGCACUACCCCGAUAUCGAGCAGGACGACGUGGUCUAUCGCAGGGAGAGAGCCCAGCGGGCUCAGCACCAGCGGCCCCUCUCGGGAGCACCGGACCACUACGCCCCCAUGGCCGUCCCGGAGCCGUGGGCCCUGCCCCCCGAUCUCAAGGCCAGACUCCUGUGCCCCCCGUGUCCUCUGACCCGCGAGGCGGCGGCGGCAGACGAACACGACGGGGCCGCGGAGGAGGCGCGGCCUAAAACGGACGACAUGCUCGUCCGGAAACUCUGCGCGCAGGGAAAUGCGCCGGCCAAUCAGACGACGCCCUCGCCGCCUCCUUCCUGCAGCGAGGGCGACCUGCGGAGGAUGCAGGAGAUCAGGGAGGCCAGUCGGCUGAGAUACAAGAGGAGGCUCCUGGUGGAGAGGCUGAUAUACAGUGUGUACGGAAAGAGUAAAUCAACCAGCGACAUCCUGGCGGACUCCGGCGUCGACCGGCAGUCUCGCUACGAGGAUCUGCAGAAGCAGCGCGAGCAGAUAAAGGACACGGAUGAUAAGUGGCAGGAUGACCUGAGCAAAUGGAAGAACCGGCGCCGGAGCGUCAACUCUGACAUCGUGAAGAAGAAGGAGGAGAGGGAGAAGACGGAGCAGGACACGUCCGGCGGCAGGAGGUCCAAGACCUUACGGGAGAUGCAGGAGGAGAGGGAGAAUAAAGGGAAGAACAGCGUCGGCAGUCGCUUCGGUUCUCUGUCUUACCUGGACGACGAAGUCGUGUUCGACCAAGCGGUCCCCUCCGCCCGGCCCCGAACGCUCCCCGCCCGGAGCUUCACCGUUGACGCUCCUUUCUAUUCCUCCCAAUCCCCCGAGCCUCCUCUGAAAGAGGACCGACCCCCCCCCGCCGCCGCCGACCCCCCGGCUACCGGCAGGGCCGCUUUCCCUCCCACCUCACAGGGGGUUGAGACUCUGGACAGCCCUGCAGGCAGGGUCACCACCACCACCGCCAGCGCCAGCGCCAGCGCCAGCCGCAGCUUUUCCCACAGGUCCCAGCCUCCGGCAGCUGAAGCACCGUUACCGAGUCCAGUCUCUGUACGCCGCGGCACCGGAGAGGCGGAGGAGCCAGCGGCCGCCGUCUCCUCUCGGAGCGCCCCGCCGCCGCCGAAGGGGCCCGAGCCGAGGCGCCCAUUGUUGCACCGACAGGCCGAGGCCCCCUCCUCCGGUUCUCCGUACGAACAGCGACCGCAGCCCGGCUCCAUGGAACCCAAGCCUCCCGGGGCGUCUCGGGUGUCCGCCUCCCUGCCCAGGAACUACCAGAGACCGGAUAGCGCUCGUCUGACCUCCAUCGUCGCGCCGCGGCCCUUCGGGACCCAGUCGUCCCGCCUCGCCUCUCUUCCCCGAGCCGUGACGGUGGACGACCCCCAGAAGCGCGUCAACGGCGACGCCGCCGCCGGCAAGCCGGUGGUGCCGAGCCGCUAUCAGCAGUUCGCGGAGGAGGACGAGCGCCGGUCUCAGUCCGGCUCGGCCCACAGCAGCGAGGAGGAGGAGGAGGAGGAGGAGGAGGAGGAGGAGGAAGGAGAGGGCAAGACUUAUCCUCAGAGCGUCUCCUCUCCUCAGAGCGUCUCCUCUCCUCAGGCCAAGACCGCAGCCCCACUCAGUCCGGCUCCAGCCAAAGAAACCAGCCAGGAGAACUUCUGCGAGUCGCGCAUCAGCCUGAACCAGAAGCCCAACAGCAGCAGAGACUUUGGCUUCCAGGCGGCCUGGGACUCCACCGGAGCUCGCGUGGCGUCCAUCCAGCCAGGCAGCCCGGCCGAGAUGUGCCCGCUCCAGGUCGGGGACGAGGUGCUGACGGUGAACGGCCGCCAGGUGGCAGAGAUGAGCUACACGGGCUGGAAGUCCUGCAUGGAGGAGGCGCUGCAGGAGGGCAGCCUGGUCAUGGACAUACGGCACCACGGCAGGAACAGCUGGGACAGAGCUCCGCCCCCCUCGCCGUUUACAGUCCAUAAGACCAUCAAUCUGACCAGUGUGGUCCAUCCGGUGCUUCUAGGUUCCCCCGAGGCCGUCGGCCCCAUCCUGGACUUCACCUCGGGCGCCUCUGUGGAGAAGCUGCCGCACAGAGAGGCCGCCGCCCACCCGGUGCUGGACGUGACUUCAAACGGAGUCAACGGAGGUUUCCGUGAGCAGGAGGUGACGAUGAGGAGCAAAGACUCAGAACCCAUAUCUAUGAAAAACUUAAAACGGAGGUCAGAGUUUUUUGAAAAAGGAGGAUCAGAGUCCGCGAUGCCAGAUAUCCCCGUCCCCUCCAUCAUCCCGUCCUCCAGCCGCUGGUCCUGGGACCCGGAGGAGGAGCGCAAAAGACAAGAGAAAUGGCAGAAGGAGCAGGAGCGCCUCCUACAGGAGAAAUAUAAACGCGACCAGGAGAAGCUGCAGGAGGAGUGGCUGAAGGACCAGGAGGAGGUGGCCAGGAGCGCCGACCAGCAGGAGGAGGUGAGCUCCGGCGGUCCACUCUCGUACCUUUCUCCCGCCGGCCGGCCGGCCACGCCUCCAUGGGUGGAGCAGGAGAGAAAAAGGAAGCAGGAGCUCGAGGGCCUGCGGCAGGCGGAGGAGAAGAGGAAGAGGGAGGAGGAGGAGAGGAAACGGAGGGAGGAGAUCGAGCGCCUGCGGCAGGCGGAGGAGAGGAGGAUGAGGGAUGAGGAGGAGCGCGACCUGCGGCGGCUCCAGGAGGAGAGGGAGACGAGAGACAGGCAGCAGCAGCAGGAGGAGGAGAGGAAGAGCAGGGAGGAGGAGGAGCUGAGGUGGCAGCGCAGGAAGGAGGAGGAGAGGGAGGAGGAGAAGAGGCGGUGGCAGGAAGCUGCGGAGCAGCAGCAGCAGCGCAGGGAGGAGGAGAGAGCCUUGGCGGAGCAGCAGAGGGCCGCCAGCUUUGCCAGUGUGACUCCGUCCCUGUCCUUCACUGACAGGAUGAAGUCUCAAUCAUCUCCCCAGCUUGAUGAAGAGGAGAAGCCUCCAAGUAAAGGUGUGUUUGUGCGGCCGGGGGUCUCGGCUCUCCGGCAGGAGGAGGAGGAGGAGCAGGCGAGGAGCGCCCGCGACAAGGAGGCCCGGAGUCAGCGGGCGGCGUCCGAGCUGGAGAUGGAGAGGAGGAACAUCCUCAACAUCAUGAGAUACAGAGAGCCCGAGAGAGCAACGGGCGCCGUGGCGGCCGAGAAGAAGGCUCAGCUGUCGGCGUCGCAGGCGGAGCAGGAGCGCCAGCAGAUCCUCAACGAGAUGAAGAAGAAGACCCCGCUGCUGAUGGACAGGAGCUGGAUCCGCCAGCGCUCCGCCGCUGCCGCCGCCGCCGCCGCCGCCGAGGAGUCCGACGGGCCCCCCAUGCGCAGAGGCGAGUCUCUCGACAACUUGGACGCCUCCUACAACUCGUGGCGCUCGUCGUGGACGCCCAGAGGCAACGCCUACGCCCAGGGCCACGCCCGGCCCAACUCGGCGCUGUCCGGCGGCGCCGGCUUCUACGGCGGCGGGGCGGCGGCGGCGGGGGUCCAGCGGCCCGUCUCCUCGGCCCUGCCUUCCUCCUACUCCAUGGGCUCCCUGCGGGCCGGGGUGGGAGGCCCCCCCCCCUCCUCCUCCUCCUCCUCCUCCUCCUCCUCCCCUUGGUGCCGGCAGUCGCCGUCGCCCUCGCCGUCACCCGCCACCUCCCCGGACACCACGUCUGAGGGCGGAGGCCCCCCGCAGCAGCGGAGCAGGUCAGUGAGUGGCAGGAAAGUGUGUACGUUCUGUGACACCCCGCUGGGCAAGGGAGCGGCCAUGAUCAUCGAGUCGCUCGGGCUUUGUUAUCAUUUGACCUGCUUCAAGUGCAUCGACUGCAAGUGUGACCUCGGAGGGUCGGCAGCCGGCGCCGAGGUCAGAAUACGAAACAAGCAUCUCUUCUGUAACGCCUGCUACACGCGAUUCAAAGCCGGCCAGCCAACCACCAUGUGACGUGACGGUGCUCCAGCAGAUUGACGAGGAGAGCACGUUGGAAAACAACCCGUGAGCCCUGUACGCCGACGCCUCUGCAAACCUCAGGGGGGGGUGGGGACCGGGGUGACAUGAUUGGGGGGGGGGGGGGGGGGCAUACUGCCACGGAUAUAUUCCCGGUCGACUCACUGUCGAGAAUUAUAUCCCUUUUUUUAUUGUUCUGUUCCCGUGUGUGAUCGAGAGGGUAAGCUUGCGAAGGAGUUAUCUACUUUAACCUGUUUUUAUCAUAUGAAGUAUUACGGCUCUACAAAAGGGUUCUGCAUGCAUCUGCAAAUUUUUAAAAAAUGAAAUGUUUUAACCACCAAACUAGUCAAAAGCGUUAAAUUGUUGAUAAGAUAAUUGGUCAGAUUUCUGCGCGUGUGUGUGUGCGUCCUCACUCUUCUUCUCAUUGUGAGUUGUGGUAUUACAUGUAUUCUCGUCUAUGUGCCUUUUUCAUCGGUGGGAUUAGCAAUUAUUAUUAUCAGAUUAUUAGGAUCCUUUCUAAGCAUAUUUAAAAGCACUUAUCUGGAGUUUUCACUGAUGGAUGGAGGAAUUGUACAUGAGUUGUAUGUGAAGAAUAUAUAUCACGCUACAUGGCAUCUCGAGGCAAACAGUAACAUUUGUAAAUAAAAUGACUAAACGCUCA